UUUUUAUGUAGAAGCGUUUAAACGUAACGGCCCUUACUAGAAUUUUAUAUCUUUAUUUUGAUAAAGACUCCAUCGAAGGAGGCAGUAUCGCGUUUAAUAUAGAACCAAUAUCGCGUAAGGUUCGCGCCAAGCUACGCGGCUUCCUUUUAGAGUAUUGAUUUGCAAUAAAAAAAAAUUGUGUGCUUUUAAUAAAUUUAAUCGAAGCGGGAGAAACGGCUCGAAAGCUUUAUCGGUCUACCGCUAGGUAGCAGGAUAACCUUGAUCGGCAGUUUUGUUUAGAUUUGUAAAAGUGUGUGAUCGACGGUGUCCCAUGCACAGAGCACACGUCGCACAGACACAAAGAGGACGAAACGUCCCCCGAGGCUCGAGAGCACUCGAGAGGUUGGCAUGAAGUAACCAAUAAGCGAUUUGCCAGUCUAAUCGUUCCAACGUCAUUGCAUAACUCGCGUUGCUUUUUAAACCAAUUAUUUAAUGCGCUGCGUGCAAUGAUUUUGCACUUGGAGGCGUUUACCGAUCGAUGUCACGCGCGUGUGGUCACGCCGACCGAAAAUGCGUAUGGGCGUAAUAACGCCGGCGAGUUCUGCGAAUCCGAUGUACGUCAGAACUAACCUAAAGGGAAAAAGUUCGUUUGCUGUGCGGUGUUCAGAUCAGGAAAACAUAUUGACCUGAAUAAGUAUGAGCCAUCGUUUGUCCUCGUCUCAUCGAACUUUAACUUCGACUUCGACAUGUUCGACGUUGUUGGCUCCCUUGUGCAACGUCCGAGAUAAUUCGCGUAUAGGUUAACUUUCCUCGACAGGCGUCCAUCGACCGUUUACAAUCUGUCAUUUAGAUUUUGACAUGUUGUAAACCUUAAUGUAACCGUAUAAAUAGAAUUAUAGAAGUUAAGUUCCCCGUGGAUGUGUCACGUCUUUUGCCAUGUAUUUUAUAAUGAUCGAACCUCUUGAAACGUUCCUGUUCAUAGGCAAUAUUGAAUCAGCCAAAUUCGAAGCAAUUUUUAGGAAUGAAAUCAAUUCCAUUUUGGAGUAAAUCUUGAUUCCUGUGUCUGUAAGAACAAACAACCAAGAAAUUCUCAAGGAUGCAUUUAUGAUUAAAUGCAAUUACUACAUAUGCAUGAGAAAUAAUGUGUAGCAUUCGUAUAUAUUUGUGUGUAACCUGAUUGCAUUGAAAAUGCAAGCCAAGAAGCGCUAUUUAUUAUUAUUUGUGACAUGCGCGUUUCUUGGUUACUGUUACUUCGGUGGUUACCGGUUAAAAAGCGAGAAGCUGACAGGCAGAUCUCAGUUGCCUUACGAGCGAUUGCCUUCAUAUUUAAGUCUAAACGAAGAGUUUUAUGACAAGGAUUUAAGGACAUCAAACGGAAUCUCUCUAGUAUCGCAACGUGCGAGACAGUGUCGUAUGGAGACUUGUUUUGACUUCACCAGAUGCAAGAAUGGCUUCACCGUGUAUGUGUAUCCAGUUGAGGAUGUGAUAAGCCCGCUAUACCAAAAAAUAUUAAAUGUUAUUACGGAAUCAAGAUACUACACGUCGGAUCCAACCAGAGCAUGUAUAUUUGUGUUAGCUCUAGACACAUUGGACAGAGAUCCGUUAUCGACGGAAUUUGUACACAAUCUUCCCGCGAAAUUGAUGCGUCUACCUUAUUGGAACAAUGGAAGGAAUCAUUUGAUAUUUAAUUUAUAUUCUGGAACAUGGCCUGAUUACGCAGAGGAUUCUCUGACCUUCGACUUAGGUUUUGCUAUGCUCGCGAAAGCCAGCAUGUCCAUCUUCAGGCACAGACCAAACUUCGACGUGUCGAUACCGUUGUUUGGAAAACAACAUCCGGAACGUGGCGGAGAACCGGGCCAAGCACCAGAAAACAACUUUCCAAAUAACAAGAAAUACGUGGCGGCUUUCAAGGGAAAAAGAUACGUACAUGGUAUAGGUUCCGAGACUAGAAACGCUCUCUAUCAUUUACACAAUGGCAAGGACUUGGUGUUUGUUACAACGUGCCGACACGGAAAAGCAUGGAGAGAAUUUCAAGACGAACAUUGUCAACAGGAUAAUCAGGAAUAUGAUAUGUACGAUUAUGAAAUUUUGUUGAUGAAUGCUACCUUUUGCCUGGUGCCACGAGGAAGGAGACUUGGUAGUUUUCGUUUUUUAGAAGCUUUAAGGGCUGGGUGCAUUCCAGUUAUUCUAAGUAAUGGCUGGGCGCUUCCUUUUCACGAACGUAUUGAUUGGACGCAAGCCGCUAUAUUUUCUGACGAAAGACUGCUACUUCAAAUUCCAGAUAUAGUGCGAUCUGUGUCCAAUAUACAGAUACUUAAAUUACGGCAGCAGACACAAUUCCUAUGGGAGAGAUAUUUCUCAUCGAUAGAAAAAAUUGUAUUUACCGUGUUUGAGAACAUACGGGAGCGUUUGCCAUGGGAAGGUACUCGAGAGAAACUCGUUUGGAAUACUAGUCCUGGCGCAUUAGCGAUAUUACCGCAAUUUGCCGACAGUCAGCAGGAACUUCCGUUUUCGAAGAGCAACCCGGGUAACACUUUUACUGCCAUCAUUUACUCGCAGUUAGGGUCUACUGCCGUACUUUAUCGUCUGCUUAAAAGCGUCGCGAAAAGCAAAUACCUAGAUAGGAUUAUAUUAAUGUGGAAUUCGGAUAUUCCGCUACCGAGGAGGCCGCGUUGGCAAGGGAUCAAAGCGACGAUACACAUCGUCUCGGUCGACGGUAUAUCCCAACGUUUCUAUCCUCAUCCGUUAAUCAAAACUAGUGCCAUAUUAUCGCUAGAUGAAGAUGCCACACUCAACACCGACGAAAUUGAUUUUGCAUUUACGGUUUGGAAAUCGUUUCCUGAUCGAAUUGUCGGCUAUCCAGCUAGAUCCCAUUACUGGGACGACUCGAAGCGGUCGUGGGGUUACACAAGCAAGUGGACAAACGAUUAUAGUAUAAUACUAACUGGUGCCGCUUUUUACCAUCGUUAUUACAAUACGUUGUACACCGAAUUACUGAGCUCGACGCUUCACAAGACUGUCGAGCAAUCGCAGAACUGCGAGGACAUACUUAUGAAUUUUUUAGUAAGUCACGUCACUCGGAGACCACCGAUCAAAGUGACGCAACGGAAAUUGUAUAAAGAUACUACAGUGGCAGGAAUUAGAUCCCCCUGGAACGAUCCAGAUCAUUUUAUACAACGGCAGACGUGCAUGAAUACGUUCGUGGCCGUUUUCGGCUACAUGCCGUUGUUACGAUCCAAUAUGAGGCUCGACCCUGUUCUGUUUAAAGACUCUGUAAGCAACUUGCGCAAGAAGUAUAGGCAAAUUGAAUUAGUUAGUAAUUAGAAUUAUACGAGAUAUUUUAUCAGUUACGCAGUUAUCCACCCUCGAGAACGAGCAUCCUAUAUAUAGUCUUGAAGCGAUAGCGACUCAGAAACUGCUGUUAGAGCAGAGCGCUCUACCUUGUGCGCACCCGUGCGCCGACGCGGGCGGCUAAUUCCAAAUGUAUAGGGAACACUUUGGCAACGUUGUAAGGUUAGAGAUUUGUCGGGCAGCGAAUCAAGAAGGUCUUUCAUUCGCGAGGAAUGACGAGGCCCGGCGCUUUUACGUAUUCGCAAAUGAAUUUUGUACAAAAUAUUGAUAGGAUACCUUAUGAUAUUGUUCAAAUUCGAAAUCGGGCCGCGACGUCUGGUCGCGCGAUCGCCGUGUUCAAUUGAUGUACAUACGAAUCGUUCCAUAGUUAUUAAAUAAACGAAAAGAAAAGAAAAAAAGGAAGAAAAGAACAAGAACGAGCAAAGUAUAAAAACGAACGAACAAGCAAGAAAUUUGUCCGAGUUGUUCAAGACUUCUUUUGGAGAAAAAAAGAACCCGGCUUUCCGAAGCUAUACGCGAGCUACUCCGACUGCAACGCAGAAAUUUUAUCGGACGCUUAACUUUGUCUCUGUCGUUGAAACGAUGAUUUUAUACGAGUCGCAGGGACGGGGGUCGGUUCGCGCGUGGAACUAAAGGAAAAACCGAGAAAGCGCGGCUCGCUAUCCUGGACUAUCUGAGAGCUUUUGGGAAUCGUUUCUUUAUACUUUCCACGUCGACUUUUACACUAUCUUGAUUACGCUGAUUGUACAGUUUUAAAUAUUUCUUAGGAUAAGAUACGCAUAGACGGUUGCUAAGCACUACCCCUGACAGAAACUAUUCGAUCGGAAUCGCGUGAAUUGUUAUCGUUGAAGAAUUUAUUUUCCCGCGUGCCAACAUCUUACUUACCGGCGAUUACACCACACGGCAUCGGGAGCCUGGUCAUCCGGUAGCUAAGGUAUCGAAUGCGCAAAAUAGUGUUGUAUAGUGAACGUUAGAAAAAAAGUUUUAUGUAGCCACGAACAAAGCGUACGAACCAUUUCGACUAGUUCUCGUCCUGUACCUUAUGAAAUUAUUUUUAUAUUCAGAUUUUUUUAUGUAUAGCGAGUUUUAUCAUUGUAUUUAUAUUUAUCUGUAUCGUUAGCGUUAACGAAAAUAUUUUGUCGCGUCGGAUAUACGAUUAGUGCUGACGAACGACGCUCGGUGUACCGGAUCGAAUGCUUUUUGCAAGGGGUGGUAUCGUUUUAUCUAUCGGCGGCUGGUGAAUGGUCUAUGAAAAAUCAACGAUCGAGUACCAAGGAUACCCGAUGGAAUUUUUCUGCGGCAAUUCCAGGCUAUGAAGCAACGAGUCGUUCGAUGUAAGUUUUCAAAGAAAACGAUCCGGAGACGUGCUAACGCGGGGCACGGUCGUUGAGAAGCUUGCCGAUCAGUCUUCCGGUAGGUGAAGCGGUAUUAUUGGUCUUGCGAGUUUUGGAAAAGGUACAGGUUCGUCUGGUUUGCGGUAUCAGCUAUCACGGGUGUGUGGAAAUCGGUGGACGCGGGUCCGCCGCGGUCCCAGACGUCUCGUUUGUUUCUCGUCGCGCACCACGCACCGUGCGCGCGUCGCUCGUAGAUUUCGCUAAUGUAUUCGGGGCACAGGCUAUUCGUAAGUUGUAAUCAUGUACGUAGAAGGUAUUCCAAGGUUUUACGUAUCCGCUACUCUCUACGCAGGAACGUUCGCGUUGAUUUUGUUCUGUUCGCUCGCGUUCCGUCGUCGGUCGGGACGCGUGUGCAGCGCGAUCGAUCUCGUAGAUUUCGUCGGUUCCGUUUCGCAUUUUAACGAGCUCUCGGGAGACCUUCAAGAGGAAAUAAGAAAUGACUUGCGAGACAAUAUCGCAAGUACGUCUAGUCGUUCACGUUCAUUUACAUUGGUACGGCCGAAGGGAAAGCAAAUGAUUCGCCUAGGUAAACUCGAUGCGCAUCGUACGUUUGUGUUUAUCGCGGCGCUACGCGACGCAAGCAAACAGAACGAUGAUGUACAUAUUAUAUACGCGUGUAUGUGAUACGUUCGUAAUUAUCAUGUGAUAUAUUCGUAAUCAUCGGAGAAAGAAUUCAAAAGAAAAAGAAAAAAAAAGGAUUUCGUAAUUCCGUCAACGGCAUUUUCGGCGGCCGCGAGAAGCCGCGAUCCAUCGGCUGUACAAAAAGAAAGUUCCAGCACCUUUGAUCUUCCUAAUCGUUGCCGUUGUCGUCUCUCCGUUAUUACGCCGUAACACGCGGACACCUGUCGCGGAAAUUUCUUCAAUGAAAAUGUGCCAUAAACGUCGCACGUUCAAGAUACAUUUGGCAAUAUCGAUAUGCACGCUGUACGAAUACUCGCAAACGACUGACAAACGGGUUCUCCGCCAGUACUCGCGAACGGCUUUCUUUCUGUACACCCGACGCGAUCGAUGUUACGUGAGAUCUUCUAUUUUUUAUCGUACCCCUGAUUUCGUAUGAUGCCCGAAGGGUCAGCAGGAACGAAGAAUCGCCCUCUUUUCCAAUCGAAUGUUUUCCCCUCGCUCGAACGCGAGGACUCACGUGUGUAUAUAAUUAUUUUUUCACUGUUCACCGUGCGAGAACCGUGCGCGUCGUCGCGACUUUUUCACGACCAGCGAACACCGCUACGGAAACACAAAGCGCUUCUCCUCUUUUUUCCUGCGUAUUCUUCGCCAACCACGAAUUUAAUUAGGUGCGGGACUGUGCAAAACCGAAGAACGCUUCUCCUCCGAACAAAGGUAUUACGCUCGCGAAAGAAGAGAAAGAGUAAGAGAGAAGGGUACCAAAACGUUACGCUUCGAGGGGCUGGUCAACCUCGAGCGUGUUCGACGCGCGGCGAUCCUUUGCAGUUUUGUUUCUCCGCGACUGGAAUCUUAACGACGGAAGUUUUCCCGGGGCUCGGUUCUCCCAACGGGAAAAAAAAGGAACGGCGAAGGAUCGUCGCGAAUCCAGCACGCUCGGGGGGGACGGUUCAGCCCCCCGGUCCGAACCAUGACGGUAUUUUAACGUUAAGCAUAGACAGUUGGAUGUUACUUAACGAAUCUAUGGUUUUUCAUUCGUUCGAAGCUGAUCGUCGAUGUAUAAUCAUGUUGCGUCAGACUAACGUGUAUUUGAACAAAUAUUGAUGAUUUUAUAUGGCCGAAGAAACAAAAAAAAAAAAAUAAAGUUUUUAUACAAACCUGGGA